CACCAAUCUGUAAUUUGGUCUCUUGAAAUAUGGGCAAUCUAUCAUUUUCCGAAUAGGAAAGACAACUUGAAGCUCUGUUCGGGAUGAUUGUUUCGAGAGACUGUUGAAGAUCAACUCAAACGAGUUUGUGGUUAAGUGAUGUGAUAAGCGAUGCAGAAGUCACGUCGAGCUCAAUUGAAAAGAGAGCAAAAUUUAAAUGAUUCUUGUAAGAUCAGGAAGCGCUUAUAUAAGGUCUCUUUUACUUUGAUUUUAGUUUCAUGGGGGUUUCUUUGUAUGCCCAAUUCUAUAAUCGGCAGCAGCGAUGGUUUUAAAGAUCUCAACGAAAAUGUAGAGCCGCCAGAGGCUUUGAAGGUUUCAUUGCAGGAUCAUGGAAAUGAACUGCUUGCAGUUCAGAAUGAAGAGAUCAAUGAAAAAGAAGGGCCGAAUUGCAUGGUCUCUUCUUCUGAUGAUGUGGAAAAUACCAUGCAUGCAGGUACCGUGUUGAAUUCAUAUGCUAAUGAUGGAAUUGUUUCAGAUGUAAACGACCAGGAUGUAGAUCAAAGUGCCAAGGUAGAAUCUCGUACCGGUGAAACAGUAAACCCUGAACCAGAGGAGCUUAAAAGUAAUCUUGAAUUUGUGUUGGAUGAAGAAAUUUCACCCAUGCCUCAGUUAUUAAACGAUUCCAGUAGAUCUGGGCAACGUUUAGAUAGUUGUCCUACUUUGGAAGGUUCGGCACAAGCUGACUAUCUGGAUUCUCAAACCGGGUUGCCUGGAGAUAAAGAAACAAAGCAGGAAUCUUGCAGGUUCACUGAAGGUAAAGAAACAUGCAGAGAAACAAGUGGUUUGCUUGAAGAAACUCAGGCAGAAGGGCAACCAGAAACACAUAGGUUGCCCAAAGAUAAAGAAACCCAAAGAGAAACUCAUAGGCUGCCUGAAGAAAAAGAAACCCAAUCAGAACCUCUUAGGUUGUCUCGUGUUACUCCUGUGGGUUUGGAUGAAUUCAAGAGAAAAUCAAACAAUGAAAAGGAUCAGACUACAAGUAAUCGACUUGGAGUUAUUACACAUAGGCUUGAGACUGGAGGGGGUGAAUACAAUUAUGCAGCUGCUUCUAAGGGUGCAAAGGUUCUAGCUUACAAUAAAGAAUCAAAAGGUGUUCAAAACAUUCUUGGCAGGGAUGAGGAUAAGUACCUAAGGAGUCCAUGUAGUGCAGAAGAAAAAUUUGUUGUCAUUGAGCUUUCUGAGGAAACAUUAGUUAAAACCAUAGCUAUUGCAGAUUUUGAGCAUUAUUCAUCAAAAUUGAAGGAGUUUGAGCUGCUUAGUAGUUUAGUCUAUCCUACUGACAAUUGGGUCCUGCUUGGGAAUUUUAAAGCUGAGAAUGUUAAACAUACUCAGAGGUUCCCUCUUAAAGAGCCCAAAUGGGCACGUUAUCUAAAAUUGCGGUUCCUUAGCCAUCAUGGCACUGAAUUUUUUUGUACUUUGAGCAAGUUCGAAGUUUAUGGAGUUGAUGCAAUUGAGCGCAUGCUCGAGGAUUUGAUUUCAAUUGGAGAGUCUGCUUUGAGAACAGGUGAAUCGUUGGCUGAUCCCUCAGCGACAGCAGCACCUCUUCCUCUAGAGGAUCAAAGUGCUGAUAGCACUGAUGAGCUUGAACCAAUCAGGAAUUUAGCGGAUAAAGAAACAGAGAUAAAGGAAAAAAGUGAUUAUCAACAAUUAAAAGAAGAUUCAGUGAAAUUGAAUCCUGCUGAACCCAAAAUAGAAAUUAUCCAGCAGCAAAGUGGAAGGAUGGGUGGAGAUACUGUCCUGAAGAUUUUAAUGCAGAAAGUUAGAUCACUAGAACUGAAUCUCUCUGUUUUAGAGAAGUACUUGGAAGAGUUGAAUUCACGAUAUGGUGAUUUCUUCUCUGAUUUUGGCAAGGAAUUAGAUGAGAACACACAGCUAUUACAGAAAAUCAGGGCAGAAUUAAAUGACCUACAGAACCAUAAGACCAUGAUGGAGGAAGAGAUGCAGGUGUACAAAUCUUGGAGAUAUACUAUUUCAAGUGAACUAGAUGAAUUGGCGGAAGCAAACAAAUUCCUCAGGUCGGAGAUUCAAAAUAACAAUCUGCGUCUUGAGCAUGCGGUAAAUAAGGAGCUUGUAGUGUUAGCUGUGAGUUUUAUUUUUGGCUGCACAGCAAUCUUGAAAUUUGUUUUAGAUCUGAUUUUAAUUGUAUUUAAACUUUGCAAAGCUGAAAGAGCUUGUAAACCAAGUUCACCGUGGGUUAUGUUACUGUUGAGCAGCUGUAUAGUUGCUUUUGUUCUCUCAUUGUAAAAAAUAAAUUAAUUUAUCCAAUGAAAUUAUUUUUUGUAAUCA